GAGGUUGCUCCCCUCUCCCCCCCCCCCCGCCCCCUCCGAAGAGGCUAAUAUGGUCGCCGGCGAUGGACAGCCCAACAGCAGGAUGCCCCUUUGAGUACUUAAUUGAACCUCUAGAUGACAGUUCUGAUAAGAAGUUCUUCAACGUUCCUAAACUUGGAGGCAUCAAAUAUGAUGUUUUGCCUUACUCGAUACGGGUAUUGCUGGAAGCCGCAGUUCGAAACUGUGAUGGCUUCCUCGUGAAAAAAGAAGAUGUUAUGAACAUUUUAGACUGGAAAGUAAAGCAGAACAAUGUUGAAGUGCCCUUUUUUCCUGCCCGUGUUGUUCUUCAAGAUUUUACUGGCAUUCCUGCAAUGGUAGAUUUUGCUGCAAUGAGAGAAGCGGUGAAAAAUCUUGGAGGAGAUCCUAAGAAAGUCCACCCUGCCUGCCCAACAGAUCUCACUGUUGACCAUUCUUUGCAAAUUGACUUCAGUAAAUGCGCAAUACAGAAUGCACCCAAUCCCGGAGGUGGUGACCUGGCGAAGACAGCAGCCAGGCUUUCUCCUCUUAAAGUGCAGCUUCGAAAACUCCCUUGCAGAAGCCAGGCUGCCUGCCGAGGACCGUGCGAUUCUGGGGAAGCAGCCCGCAACUCAGGAAAAUUUUCUGCGCAGAUUGAGAACACACCUCUCCUCUGCCCCUUUCACUUACAACCAGUGCCUGAGCCUGAAACAGUGUUAAAAAACCAGGAGGUAGAAUUUGGCAGAAAUCGAGAGAGACUUCAGUUUUUUAAGUGGGGUUCAAAAGUGUUUAAGAAUGUGACUGUAAUCCCUCCUGGAACUGGCAUGGUUCAUCAGGUGAACUUGGAAUACUUGUCCAGAGUGGUUUUUGAAGUAAAGGAUUUCCUCUUUCCAGACAGUGUAGUUGGCACAGAUUCUCACAUAACUAUGGUGAAUGGCUUGGGAAUUCUGGGUUGGGGUGUUGGAGGAAUUGAAACAGAAGCAGUUAUGCUUGGCCUGCCAGUCACAUUUACUUUGCCAGAGGUGGUAGGUUGCGAGUUAAUUGGCUCAUCAAGUCCAUUUGCUACAUCCAUAGAUGUUGUUCUUGGCAUUACAAAACACCUCAGGCAAGUAGGAGUGGCGGGAAAAUUUGUCGAAUUCUUUGGAAGUGGAGUAGCCCAACUCUCCGUAGCUGACCGAACUACAAUAGCAAACAUGUGUCCUGAAUAUGGUGCUAUCCUGAGCUUUUUCCCCGUUGAUAAUGUAACAGUAAAGCAUUUAGAGCAUACAGGUUUUGACCAGGCUAAGCUUGAGUCGGUGGAAACGUACCUUAAAGCUGUGAAGUUGUUUAGAAAUAACGAUAGUUCUUCGGAAGAACCUGAGUAUUCCCAGAUUAUACAGAUUAAUCUGAGCUCUAUAAUUCCGUCGGUCAGUGGCCCAAAGAGGCCACAGGACAGAGUGGCUGUGACGGAUAUGAAGAGAGAUUUUCAGUCUUGUUUAAAUGAAAAGGUUGGCUUUAAAGGCUUCCAGAUUGCAGCUGAAAAGCAAAACGAUAUCAUGCCUAUUCAGUAUGAAGGAAAUGAAUAUAAACUGUCUCAUGGAUCUGUUGUCAUUGCAGCAGUAAUCAGUUGCACAAAUAACUGCAAUCCAUCUGUCAUGCUUGCUGCCGGUUUAUUGGCCAAGAAGGCUGUUGAGGCUGGGCUACAGGUUAAACCUUACAUAAGAACAAGCUUGUCUCCUGGCAGUGGAAUGGUUACACAUUACCUCAGUUCAAGCGGAGUAUUACCAUAUCUUAGUAAACUUGGAUUUGAAGUAGUUGGCUAUGGGUGUUCAACCUGUGUUGGAAAUACAGCUCCCUUACCGGAAGCAGUUCUCAAUGCAAUAAAACAGGGUGAUUUAAUUGCUUGUGGGGUUUUGUCUGGAAACAAAAAUUUUGAAGGUCGUCUUUGUGACUGCGUCCGUGCCAACUACCUUGCCUCACCUCCUCUUGUAGUGGCUUAUGCCAUAGCAGGCACAGUUAACAUAGACUUCCUGACAGAGCCUCUAGGUACUAAUUCUAGCGGGAAAGACAUCUAUCUACGUGACGUUUGGCCUGAUCGAGAAGAACUUCAUCAAGUGGAAGAGAUGCAUGUUAUAUCUUCUAUGUUUAAGGAAUUGAAAGAAAAAAUAGAGAAAGGCAAUAAACGAUGGAAUUCCUUAGAGGCACCAGAAUCAGUCUUGUUUCCCUGGGAUUCUAAAUCUACUUAUAUCAGAUGCCCAUCUUUUUUUGAUAAACUUGCCAAAGAACCAGCGGUGCUGGAACCUAUUGAAAAGGCCCAUGUCUUGCUGUAUUUGGGAGAUUCUGUCACUACAGAUCAUAUAUCUCCUGCUGGAAGCAUUGCUAGGAGUAGUGCGGCUGCUAGGUAUCUGACAAACAGAGGCCUCACUCCUCGUGAAUUCAAUUCUUACGGAGCCCGAAGAGGAAAUGACGCUGUAAUGACAAGAGGCACCUUUGCCAAUAUCAAGCUUUUCAAUAAGUUCAUUGGAAAACCAGCUCCCAAAACAAUUCACUUUCCAUCGGGACAAACGUUAGAUGUGUUUGAAGCAGCGGAGUUGUACCAGAAGGAAGGUAUCCCGCUGAUCAUUUUAGCAGGAAAAAAAUAUGGAUCAGGAAAUUCAAGAGAUUGGGCUGCCAAAGGACCAUAUUUGCUGGGUGUGAAAGCUGUUGUAGCUGAAAGUUAUGAAAAAAUUCAUAAAGAUCACUUGAUUGGUAUUGGCAUAGCUCCACUUCAGUUCCUUCCAGGAGAAAACGCAGAUUCUCUGGGCCUCACUGGGAAAGAGCAGUUUUCACUAACAUUUCCUGAAGAUCUAUUUCCAGGAAUUACAUUUACUAUAAAGACAAGCACUGGAAAAGUAUUCAGCGUGAUCGCUUCAUUUGAAAAUGAUGUGGAAAUAACAUUAUUUAAACAUGGUGGAAUAUUAAACUAUGUGACUCGAAGAUUUUCAUAGUAUCCACUGACUACUAGAUACCUUUCGUAACUGGUUACUCUGCAAAUGCCUUGUGUGGACCCAGGAAUCAGUACCAUGGAACGGCAAACAAUUCCAGUGCUCUCAGUUAUUUUUAUCCAUGGAUGUAAAUGAUUGUGAAUCAUCGUAGUGACUGCAACAAGAACCUUCUUGAUUUUAAAUACUAUACGACUGGUGCUAUUAACAUUGCUAAAAGCGUAAGUGUGUUGUGGAAGAGAGUUGUAAGUAUUGGGGGGGGGGGAUAUUUUAUCAGAUCACUUUGUAAAUAAACAAGGCAGAAUUUGAACCAAAAUUGUGAAAAUUAUUCUGUACUAACCCUCUUGCAGUUGUUUUUGUUUAUUUUUGCCCCAUAAAACUGUACACCGCUGUAUGUUGGUUUUAAAGGUCGCUGAUUUGUAUUAGGAGAAGCAAGCGUGACUCUCUCGAUUCAGAAAGCUGGAAAACAGACUUUUGGGUUUUAAUUAGACCGGAAGUAGCCAAAA